GAAAUUUCGCGCCAAAUUCAUAUUAUGAUUUGUGAAAAGUGAAAACUGAUGUGGAGUAGAUUUUCCAGUAUUUGAGUACGGUUAAUAAGGAAAAUUGAAAGCCUUUAUUGUUCAGUUGAAAAUAUUAUCCUGUGUUAUUAAUAUAGAGCAUUGUACUUGAUAUGGAUGUUCAAGGAAUUCAAACAGUUCAUAGGGUACAGAGAGAUGAAGUUGGAAUACGUUGUCAAAAGCUCUUUCAAGAUUUUCUCGAAGAAUUCAGGGAGGACAAUGAAAUUAAAUACUUAGAACCCGCUAAGGAACUGUUGAAUCAGGAACGAAGUACCAUAGAAGUUAGCUUUGAAGAUGUUGAGAAAUACAACCAAAACUUGGCCACAACUUGUAUUGAGGAGUAUUAUAGGAUAUACCCCUAUCUGUGCCAAGCAGUAUCGAAUUUUGUCAAAGAUCGAUGCGAACUAAAGAAGGACAAAGAAUGUUACGUUAGUUUCACAGAUGUCCCUACUAGACAUAAAGUUCGGGAGCUGAAAACUGAGAAAAUAGGAACUCUCAUCAGAAUUUCCGGACAGGUUAUCAGAACCCAUCCUGUACAUCCUGAAUUGAUAUCAGGUACAUUUGUAUGUUUGGACUGUCAAACUGCCAUUAAAAACGUGGAGCAACAAUUCAAAUUCACCAAUCCAACGAUUUGUCGAAACCCGGUGUGCAUGAAUCGAAGACGUUUCAUGUUGGACAUAGACAAAUCGAUGUUUAUCGAUUUCCAAAAGGUUAGAAUUCAGGAAACCCAAGCUGAACUUCCGAGGGGUUGCAUUCCCAGGAGCGUCGAAGUGAUAUUAAGGGCGGAAAAUGUGGAAACAGUACAAGCUGGUGAUCGUUAUGAUUUCACUGGAACAUUGAUUGUUGUUCCUGAUGUGGGUAAAAUGUCUCUUCCAGGGGCCAAAGCGCAAAUAAAUUCGAGGCACAAGGGAGGAGAUGAAGGGGAAGGUGUCAGAGGUCUCAAAGCUCUCGGAGUUCGAGAUCUCCAUUACAGGAUGGCUUUUUUGGCGUGCAGCGUUCAACCCACCAACCCUAAGUUUGGUGGUAUAGAAAUGCCCAUGGACGAGAUCACCCCGGAAAUCAUGAAACAGCAAAUGACAGACGGGGAGUGGAAACACAUGUACGAGAUGUCCCACGAUAAAAACCUGUAUACCAAUCUUAUAAACAGCCUGUUUCCAAGCAUACACGGAAAUGAAGAAGUGAAAAGGGGCAUAUUACUCAUGUUAUUCGGUGGGGUUUCGAAAACUACGAUCGAGGGGACGACUUUGAGAGGAGACAUCAAUUGUUGUAUCGUUGGGGAUCCCAGUACUGCGAAGUCGCAGUUUUUGAAACAGGUUUCAGAAUUUUCCCCCCGCGCAGUGUAUACUUCGGGAAAAGCCUCAUCUGCCGCAGGUCUGACAGCAGCCGUCGUGAGAGACGAAGAAACCUCCGAUUUCGUAAUAGAAGCCGGCGCUCUCAUGCUGGCGGACAACGGAGUCUGUUGCAUCGACGAAUUCGACAAGAUGGACUUGAGGGAUCAAGUGGCCAUCCACGAGGCCAUGGAACAGCAGACGAUCUCCAUCGCCAAAGCGGGCGUCAGGGCCACUUUGAACGCGCGAACGUCGAUUCUCGCUGCCGCGAAUCCCAUCGGGGGCAGAUACGACAGGGCGAAAUCGCUACAGCAGAACAUAGCCCUGUCGGCCCCCAUCAUGUCCAGGUUCGAUUUGUUCUUCAUCUUGGUCGACGAAUGCAACGAAGUGACGGAUUACGCGGUCGCUAGGAAGAUCGUCGAUCUGCACAGUAACAUCGAGGACAACAUCGACAGGGUUUACACGAAACAGGACGUCCUCCAGUACAUUUCUUUCGCGAGGAAAUUCAAGCCGGUCAUUAGUAAAGAAGCGGGGGAGCUUCUGGUGCGCCAUUACAACCAUUUACGACUGAGAGACAGCACGAGUACCGGUAAGUCAACCUGGAGGAUCACGGUGAGGCAGUUGGAGAGCAUGAUCCGUCUCGCGGAAGCCAUGGCGAGGAUGGAGAUUUCCGACGAGGUUUCGCCCAAACACGUCAAGGAAGCCUAUCGACUCUUGAAUAAAUCCAUAAUAAGGGUGGAACAACCGGAUAUCCACUUGGAUAAAGAUAACAGAGGAGCGAUAGAGGAGGAUAAAGAGAUGGAAGAACCGGAAACUCAGGAGGAAACCCCGGCGGUGCAGAAGAGGAAGUUGGUGUUGAGUUUCGAAGAGUACAAGACGCUGAGUAACAUGAUCGUUAUUCAUAUGAGGAGGGAGGAGGCGAGGAGCGAAGAGGAGAGUUCGGAAGGGAUGAGGAGGAGUGGACUGGUGGAUUGGUACCUGAACAAAGUGAUUGAUCAGAUCGAAACCGAGGACGAAUUGGUGGAAAAGAAACAGCUCAUAGAGAAAGUGAUAGAUAGGUUGAUUUAUCAUGAUAACGUUAUCAUAGAAUUGAGCAAGGUGGGCUUGAAAGGAUCUCAGGAAGAGCAGGAGGAAGAUGAUCCACUUCUUGUUGUUCAUCCUAGUUAUAUUAUUGAUUGAAUCGUCAUUGUUUUACUUUUUUUCUUCAUCGGAAUGAUGGAGGAAAAUGUUGUAUUUUAUCCGUACUCUUUUUUGGGUAUUUAUUUUUGUAAUACUUUCUCUUGAAUAUAAAUAUAUACCAACAACAAA